CUCAGAGGUUCGCACUAAUUAUGCAGCUAUCAUCAGACGCAAAGCUUGGCAAAAAUUGUCAAAAUUACCGCAAAAAGUUCGAUUGUGGAAGAAUUUAGACUAGAGGUAACAUUUCAUACGCGUACGCCCGCUCAGUGUGUUUGUAUCUUUUGUUUGCUACUUUAUUUACGGUCGUGUUUCGUUGGAAGAAAGAUCGUUAUUGCUUUAGCGCCUAGGUCUUUUCAAUUUCGUUAAGGUCAUACAAUGCGUGCAAAGGUCUCGAUAUUACACAAUGAAUAUUAAUAUCUGGGUUUAUAUUGGACAUUUUGCCCAGCACGAAGUAUAAAUUAAACUCUCAUCAUAUAAGAGUUUUUUUUUUUAUCAGGACGGCAUUUGAUUUAAUACGGGCAACAGAUUUGUCAAUGUCAUCUGUAUUAUAUUAUACAUACAUACAUACAGACGUACAUACGUUAUGAGUCCUUUCAGUUGAUAAUCAUUGCGUGCCGAACUUUCGCUACACUCGAACUUUCGCUACACUCGAACUUUCGCUACACUCGGUUACCAAGAAGGCAUGGAUCGUCGCCCAGAGACAAGGAGAGAACAGAUUAUCAGGUCGAAAGGAAGUUGAAAGAGGGAAAGUUUCCAUUGAGCAAGCAAAGGAAGGCGUAUUUAGGCGCUGAGCACUCCCUCCCCCGCCCCCGCUCCACAAAAAGUCUGGCCAAAACACGACCUGUUUCAGUUUUAAAAUUUUUCUAGUUCUGCUUUAAAUGCACAAAUGUGAUUCAGUGAUUGCCUAUUCUAGCGAUAUUUUGUUGCAUAGCGGGGGAGGGGAAAGUUUCCAUCUGCCUUCGCUGAAUCGAAAGUACCCAUCAGUUUAAAACACUUUUGCUAGGUAGCCAUUGUAACUUGGAUAACCGUUAGUCAUGGGAGAGGGACAAAAUACGUAUGUGGGUAUAGAAAGGAAGCAUUGGAAACCUGCGUCUGUUGACCUCAUUUUGGCAGGGACUUUUCGUUCGUGAACUAGCUAGCCGGGCGACAUCAUAAGUUGAAGACGAGUUUUUUCCCCUCCUGAAAAGUCGUUCCCUCAUGGAAGUCAGUGAAUAGCUUGAGGACUGGACGAGUCAAAUUUGUGUAGCUCGACAGGUUGCUCCGGCAUUGCAUGUCGAAAUCUCUUGGAAAUGUCCACUGCGUAUUCAGCGAGGAAGCUGCUUGAUCCAAGCGCCAAGAAGCAGAGAGUGAAACUUGUUAGUUCAAAAGUUCACAGACCCAGGCGACCGCAAUGUGAAACUGUGAACAGUAGUGGUCGUAAAACGGGUGGUAGAAAAGUGGAAUUCAAAGAAGACGAGAUGGCACCUGCGCCGAGAAAGGAGACUGUCCAUUGUACAAAAAUCCCAGUCGGUGAAGUGAGACCCCCACGUUCUCGAACUCAAGUUAAACACGAUCCUACGAUGUUAGGCCAUCACCCUCAGCCACAAGUCACAUCACAGAGAAAGAAGAUUCCCGACUGCCAAAAGCAAGCACAAACCCACUGGAAACCACGGCAUCCUCGAACACCAAGGAGUGAAACAACUCCAAAACUUUCUCGAACUCAAGUCAUAGCUGAAGUUCCUAAACAACUUUCACGUAUUCAAAGGGAACAGCCAACCAAGUCCUCAAGUACUCCUGCACAGAAUGGAACUACUUCGCGCGAAGUUGCUGCGAGAAAUCAUGAGCCAAUGUGCAUUCCUCUCCGACAUAACUACCCAAGAAAUACUACUUCAAGGGUUCUGUGUCCACGACCAACAACAAAGAGACCUGUUGCUAGUUGUGCUACUCCUGAAAAUAGAAGCAGGCGAGUAUCGACAUGGGAUCUUGACACUCUGAACGCCUUGAACUCACCACUUUUGAGAUUUUUCAGAGGGAAGGUUUCGCUACCUCAGGAAGAAAUCUGUCGAAACUCAGAAGUUGUCAAUAGUCUUCUUUCAAUGAUUCUGGAGAACAUACACAAGCAAGAUGAGAUAUUCUCACUGAAGCAAUUAAAUACAGGAAGCUACUACGAAAAGCUCAGGGUUUCAAGUCCUGAAGAAUUCGACGUCAUGCUUGUGUUUGAAGCACACUUGAUCAGGCGCUUCUUCAAGGUCAAAGAAUACUGCCGAGAUCAUCCGGGUUUCGCAAAACUUGUGUUUAACGAUUGCAUCCCUGGAGGAAGAGCACGUUGGGGGAAUUUCCUCUCCAGAGAUGGAAAGUUUCUGUCACCUGAGAAACUAGUGAGGCAUUUCUACGAGUUGAUACAGCUCGCUGUAAGGAUGUCGCCACAGAGAAGACGGAUUUCGAAAAUAAAACAACAUGGCCCUGCAGUUACGUUGACAAUUGAUGGAAAAAUUGACCUCGAUCUCGUGCUCAGUGUUGAGGUCUCAGAAUGGCCGAGUUGUGCAAAAGGGUGGGGUUCAACAAGCAGGGCGUGGCCUUCCACAAGAGAGGUGGAACAAAUCAAGAUGAAAGAGCCCAAAUUCCAUUUAGUGGCGAAACCCUGUCCAGAUAAGGAACGAACGUCGACAGAUUCGCACUUGUUCUGGCGAAUUUCAUUUUCAGAGGCAGAAAAAUCGCUCCUGAAGUCAGCGUCAUCUGACAAGAAAUUUUAUAGGAUCGCCAAGGCAAUCUACUCGGCCAAGAAAUCGACUCUGAAACCGUUAACAUCAUUUCAUUUCAAGAAUCUUUUCCUCCACUACCGUAGCGAGCAUCCUCGAGCAAAACAUGACGAUAGUAAUUUAGGAGAGAGUGUGGUGCGGUUUUUUCAAAAUUUGAUCGAUCGUUUGGAACGAGAUUCUUUACGACACUUUUUCGUAAAUCGCCAAAGUCUACUUUCAGAGAUGUCAGAGGCCGAGAGAAUGGACGUUGCUGGUAAACUAACACGUUAUCUUAAUGAACUUGUACAAAAUCCAAAAGCCUUCCUGGAAAAACUACAUUUUUUUGAACUGUGAACUUGGAAGACUUUCUCAAUCAAAGUCCUUUGCGGUGAGGUUCGCGAUUAAAGGUAGUCCCGCUUCGAAGCGCUCCUGUACCUCGUGCUGUUCGCAGUCAAGUUUUGAGCGUCAGACUGAAUUUUCGCUUUCCGAGAUCGGCUUUCGCAGCGGGUAACAUACAAUCGGAAGAAGCGAAAUAACGGUCAAAGAGCGACUUUGGACUAGAAUAGACGAGCUUUGAGGAAAAAAGUCUGAUCAGGUGUUAAAAAUAUUUUAUUUCAGUAAAUGAGUAAUUUUGCUCAUAACCUUUUGGUUUCUACAAAAAAUCCUCAGGUUUCCUUUAUUAGUUCAAAUCUACUCAGGAGUGCAAAAAUGCAUGAAAAAUUUACUCUCCGUUAAACGUAGGCGUAUCAAGUACCUCAUAAAAGUAUUUAGACAGGCCCUCAUAAACACCUAACUGACAGUUGUCCCAGUCCCAACACAUUUAUGUCCAAAGUUAAAUUCUCUUCUUAGGUAUUCAGGGUGUUUAUGAUAGUUAACAAUUAGACCCGUAGCCCGCAAGGGCUACGGGUCAAUA